GACGCCCCGACGCGUGCGAGGGCCAGGUCAGCGCUGGCCCCGCGAGGUGAAGCGAGGCAACCCGCGUGCGGCGAUGGCCUCGCUGCUGGGAGCCUACCCGUGGCCCGAGGGGCUGGAGUGCCCGGCCCUGGAGGCCGAGCUGUCGGAUGGGCUGUCGCCGUCGGCGGCCCCCCGCCCUCCGGGGGACAAGGGUUCGGAGAGCCGUAUCCGGCGGCCCAUGAAUGCCUUCAUGGUGUGGGCCAAGGACGAGAGGAAACGGCUGGCGGUGCAGAACCCGGACCUGCAUAACGCCGAGCUCAGCAAGAUGCUGGGAAAGUCGUGGAAGGCACUGACGCUGUCCCAGAAGAGGCCCUACGUGGAUGAAGCCGAGCGGCUGCGCCUGCAGCACAUGCAGGACUACCCCAACUACAAGUACCGGCCCCGCAGGAAGAAGCAGGCCAAGCGCCUCUGCAAGCGCGUGGACCCCAGCUUCCUCCUGAGCUCUCUGUCCCGGGACCAGGAAUCCCUGCCUGAGAAGAGGAGCGGCAGCCGGGGGGUGCCGGGGGAGAAGGAGGACAGGGGUGAGUACUCCCCCAUCACCGCCCUGCCCAGCCUCCGGGGCUGCUACCAUGAGGGAUCAGCUGGUGGCGGCGGCACCCCAGGCAGUGUGGACACAUAUCCGUACGGGCUGCCCACGCCCCCAGAGAUGUCUCCGCUGGACGUGCUGGAGCCAGAGCAGACCUUCUUCUCCUCCCCCUGCCAGGAGGAGCAGGCCCACCCCCACCACAUCUCCUGCAUGCCGAGGCCCCCGUACUCACCAGAGUAUGCCCCCAGCUCCCUGCAUUGCAGCCGCCCCCUGGGCUCGCUGGCCCUUGGCCAGUCCCUCAGUGUCUCUAUGAUGUCCACCGUACCUGGCUGCCCACCAUCCCCCGCCUAUUACUCCCCUGCCACCUACCACCCUCUCCAGUCCAACCUCCAUACCCACCUGGGCCAACUCUCCCCGCCUCCGGAACACCCUGGCUUUGAUGCCCUGGAUCAGCUGAGCCAGGUGGAACUCCUGGGAGACAUGGAUCGCAAUGAAUUUGAUCAGUAUUUGAACACUCCUGGCCACCCAGACUCUGCCGCCAGCACCAUGGCCCUCAGCGAGCAUGCCCCAGUCUCCCAGGUGACACCAGCGGGCCCCACAGAGACCAGCCUCAUCUCAGCCCUUGCUGAUGCCACAGCCACGUACUACAACAGCUACAGUGUAUCAUAGAGCCAGAGGCACCAUGUCCAGCCCGGCCCUC